AUGGGUGCAGAUGAUAAACAGAAGAAGUUGGUGACAAAGCCAUCAAUUUUGUUCAAGAAGUAUCAAAGACAGCUUAAAUUUGCUGGUGCAAGUUUAGUCGUUAUUUUUGUGAUGGCAUAUAUCAUUGCAGGCUUUAUGAAUAUGAACGGUAUGUUGGAAACUGAUAGCUAUAAUUUCAGUAAUAAUAUUGAGAAGAAUACCCAAAGGGUAUCUAAAAAUGAUAUAAAUCAAUACUCACAUAUUAGUGACUUCGAAGCACCUGAUCCGGAGAUUCGUGUUAGACCGGAUGAUUACAAAAUGCCAUUUACUGAUAUCUCUCAAAAUGUUAUUCACCCUGAGGAUGAUGGGAUUAGAGAAAAAGCAGCAAUGGUUACUCUGGUGACAAAUUCAAACUUGUAUGAAUUGACUAAGGCAAUUAGACACGUUGAAGAUAGAUUUAAUAACAGGUACCAUUAUGACUGGGUCUUCUUAAAUGAUGAAGAAUUCACGGAUGAAUUCAAAAAAGUUACUUCAGCGUUAGUCUCUGGUAAGACCAAGUACGGUUUGAUUCCAACAGAACAAUGGUCCUUACCAAACUCCAUUGAUCGUGACAUUAUGAGAAAAAAUAUGAAAAUAAUGCAAGAUAAAGAAGUUUUAUAUGCUGAUUCUGUGCCAUACAGAAAUAUGUGUCGUUACCAUUCUGGUUUCUUCUGGAGACAUCCGAUAUUAGAUGAUUAUGAGUUCUAUUGGAGAGUCGAUCACGAUAUUACCAUCUUUUGCAAUAUCCAAUAUGAUAUUUUCAAAUUUUUAAGAGUCAACAACAAAAAGAUUGGUUUCAUCUUAUCUGUCACAGACUAUAUCGAAACUAUCCCAACUCUCUGGUCUACUGUCACUUCUUUUUUUGCUGACUUCCCACAACAUUUCAACAAAAACAAUUUAAUGAAUUUCAUCUCAAAUGAUAAUGGUAACACCUAUAAUAGAUGUCAUUUCUGGUCCAAUUUCGAAAUUGGUUCGUUAGAAUUUUUCAGAUCAAAAGCAUACAGAGAUUAUUUUGAUUAUCUAGAUAACUCGGGUGGAUUUUUCUAUGAAAGAUGGGGUGACGCACCAGUUCAUUCUAUUGCUGCUGCCACUAUGUUAGACAAAUCAGAAAUCCAUUUCUUUGAUGGUCUUGGAUUCCACCAUCCAAAUUAUUUCUCAUGCCCGGUUGAAGAAUCGAUCAGAAUCCAAAAUCAAUGUGUAUGUGAUCCAAAGAUUGAUGAUACAUGGAAAGAAAAAUACUUCUGUACAAAGAAUUACUUCAGAGCAGCAAACUUAUUGAUUCCAGUCGGUGCUCAAUCCAAAACAUUUUAA